ACGAAAUACCAAUGAAUCGUGGGGUUCUGGACCUUCAUUACUAGCUGUAUUUGUAGAGACGUUUUGAUUUCGACUAACUUAGUCACUCGUGCCAGUGAGCGAGGAGCUAGCUAACGCUAACUAGCAGCGAUGAGGGAGCCAACGUUAGCUAGAUAUCUCUGUUUGGUUAAUGUAUCUAACUUACGCGAAAAACAAAUCCGAAGCCGAAAGCCUCAACAGAAGCUGGAGAAGCAAGCAGAGCGAGACGGGCGGAAAGGACGGGACAGGCAGAGCAGUGGCUAAUACCCGUGGACUCAGAUCACAGCUGAAGGACAGUGUACCGGUGACGGGCAUGGGUCCACAGGUUGGGGCUUAUGGCGUUCAGGACACACUCAGGAGCGGAUUUAGCAGUGUGAAAAAUGAGCUGCUUCCCAGCCAUGCGUUGGAGCUUUCAGAAAAGAAUUUUCAGCUGAACCAGGACAAAAUGAACUUCUCUAAUCUCAGAAACAUCCAGGGCCUCCACGCUCCCCUCAAACUACAGAUGGAGUACAGGGCAGCCAGACAGAUCCAGCGCCUGCCAUUCCUGCAGAGCUCACACCUGGCUCUGGACACUCUCAAAGGGAACGAUGAGAGCAUCAGCUUUGAGGACAUCCUCAACGAUCCAGCCCAGAGUGAGAUGAUGGGUGAGCCCCACAUCAUGGUGGAGUACAAGCUGGGCAUGAUGUAAGAGCCGUCCGACCCCAGGACGUUUGUGUUUACCCACUGUUAACUAGUUACCGUGUGACAAUGCAUCUGCUUUAGAGAUGGUCACUUACUUCCUCAUGUGAGACCGCACUCAAAACUUUUGUAUCAUUGGAUUAUUUUGUUUCUAAUAAAUCCUGUAACUCAACCAUGA